CCUAUGGGAAACCGAACUAGCCAGCGAUGUUGCAUCAAGCUCAGCAGCGACACUCCCUCAUUUCGUUUUCGAUCUGGACGGGCGUAAGGUUUCCAAGGAACUUCAGCCAUAGCGGCUGUCACUGUUUUAAAUUGGGGUUCGGUCCAAUAUGGCGGAAGACGGAUGGAAAUACUGAUGACAGUCCGAAAGAUCGCCUCGAUUUGUACGAUGGGCGCCAAUGCCUCUGCUUUGGAGAAGGAGAUUGGACCGGAACAGUUUCCCGUAAAUGAACACUACUUUGGGCUGGUCAAUUUUGGGAACACCUGCUACUGUAAUUCAGUACUGCAGGCCUUAUACUUCUGCCGGCCGUUUCGGGAGAAAGUCUUGGCCUACAAGGUCCAGCCACGCAAGAAGGAAAGCCUGCUUACUUGCUUAGCUGACCUCUUCAACAGUAUUGCCACCCAGAAGAAGAAGGUUGGUGUCAUCCCACCUAAGAAGUUCAUCUCAAGGCUGAGGAAGGAAAACGAGCUUUUUGACAACUACAUGCAGCAGGAUGCUCAUGAGUUUCUCAACUACCUGCUCAAUACCAUUGCUGACCUACUGCAGGAGGAGAAAAGCCAAGAACGGCAGCAGAAUGGUAAAGUGGUGCAAAAUGGAGGAGGAGGAGGAGGAGGAGGAGGAGGAGGAGGGAGCAGUAACACGGGUGAAGGUGAAACGGAGGAGAAGACCCAGUCGACCUGGGUCCACGAUAUCUUCCAGGGCACACUGACCAAUGAGACGCGCUGCCUCAACUGUGAAGCAGUGAGCAGUAAGGAUGAGGACUUUCUCGACCUGUCGGUAGAUGUUGAGCAGAAUACGUCCAUCACCCACUGUCUCAGGGGCUUCAGCAACACUGAGACCUUAUGUAGUGAGUACAAGUACUACUGUGAGCAGUGUCGGAGUAAACAGGAGGCACAGAAAAGGAUGCGUGUAAAGAAGCUGCCCAUGAUCUUGGCCCUGCACCUGAAGCGCUUUAAAUACAUGGAUCAGCUGCACCGCUACACCAAGCUGUCCUACCGCGUGGUCUUCCCCCUGGAGCUGCGGCUCUUUAACACCUCCGGAGAUGCCACCAAUCCUGACCGAAUGUACGACCUGGUGGCUGUGGUGGUGCAUUGUGGCAGUGGUCCAAACCGUGGUCAUUACAUUACCAUUGUGAAGAGCCAUGGCUUCUGGCUGCUAUUUGAUGAUGAUAUAGUAGAGAAAAUCGAUGCUCAGGCAAUUGAGGAAUUCUACGGCCUGACCUCAGAUAUUUCCAAGAACUCCGAGUCUGGAUACAUCCUCUUCUACCAGUCCAGAGACUGAAACAGCGGACUGCUGAGGCAAAAAGGGACCGUACUACUUCAGAGGAAAAAGUCGGGCUCCUCCGCAGAAAAAAAAAAAGGCCCUUGUUAAUCACCCAGGUGUUUGAGCAGGGGGGGGGGGAGCUGUCUGGGGGCUGACCGAUCCUCAGACAGAAGCAGACGCCAGAGCAAAGAGGAUGGGAUACUGCUACACCUCCGAUCCCCCCGCCCCCAGUUUCAGCUAGACGGAAAAGGAGGUGCCCGCCUCCCACCUCCGGCAACUGCUACGACCUCACCUCACACCUCACCUCACCACACCCACAUACCACACACCAAUUCCACCUCCCAGCUUUUUGCACCCUCCAAAUGUUUUUUUUUUUUUUUUUUUUUAAUUAUUAUUAUUUUAGUUUGGGUUUCUUGCUUUGACCCUAGAGGGCUUCCAUACCUCUUUUAAGUCACUGUGCUGAACCGCAAAGGACAGCAGAAGGAGCGACCCGAGAGGAGAACGAACCUUUGUUUUUUGUGAAUGCGUUUGUAUGCGAGAGUAUGAGCGUGAGAGUGGCGUGGUAGGGAGGAAUGCUUACUGGCCGGGCAUGGUGCCAUGUUUAGUUGCACACAGAAUAGUCUGAGGUGCCAGGGGUCUCAGCUAUUGGUGUAGGUGUGUUUGUGUGCACGUGCAACACUAAACCCUAUGAAAACAGCUUAUUUAUUAUUAAUAAUUUGUAUCAAUGUGUCAUAUGUUUGAGCCACAUUUCUAAAUUUAUUUCCCAAGGGGUGUUUUUAAUGCAAUUCUACCAUGGUAUAUAUAAUAAUAUAUUAUAAUCGGCUUCCUAACUUUCUGCACUGCAAAUUAAUCUGGGGUGAUAAAGCGUUUUUUGCUUACACAAGAGAAGGAUGAUAGAUGAUGUUUCAUUUCCCUCCCUAAUUUUUUUUUUUUUUUUUAAUCAUAAAUACAAUCACAGAGCGUGUGUGUGUGCUUGUGUGCGUGCGUGUGGAGUGAGUGAGGGUGAUGGGGAACUAUUGUGAUGGUUGUGGUGUUAGAUGACUCUUCCAAAAGAGUAGUGGCCUACAUAUGGGAUGUUUCCCCUCUUUUUUAUGUUUAAAAUGACGUGGGUGGGGGUGGGUGGGCAAGGGGGGCUUAAUUUAACUGCUGCUCUUACACCAUUUUUGUUCAGGCUGUACUGUAAACAUAUUUUGGUUUGUCAUUGGCGGAGGAGGUUACGUUAAGCGUUUGUGUGUAAGUGCAUGAUCACGUCAAAAGCUUCACCUCUGGAGACCUGAGGUUGCUGUCUUCAGCGCAGUUUGACGCUUGAUGCUGCUGAAACACUCCCCUGUAGAUCUCAGUGCUAAACCAGUAUUCUCUCCGCACACCCACCUCCCCAAUAAUGGCCAAGAAUACUGCCUCAGUAUUAAGUAUUGAAUGUAAAAUAUUUUGCUAACCUAGAGUGAAUGGAGUGGAUCUAAGGUGCAUUUUGUACACUCAUCUAAUGUCAACAGUGCUUUGCAGCGAUUUUCUUGCAAAGUGCAUAAAUGUAGAAAAAAACGUCUGUCUUCAAAUUCCCACUGUUAAUCCUACCAAUGAAUGCACACAAUUCCAGCCACAGUAGCGGCUACUGUUGUUUUUACAGAAAAAAAGAAUGUAUGGAUGAGCGAUAGUGGUGAGUUCAGUGAUAAGUUAUUAUAGAUGAUUUGAGACAUUUGAGAGUGUUGAGCAAUUUAGCCUGAUAACUACCGCUUAGCCAUGCCCACAUGCUGCCAGCUCUUCCUACACAAUGUGCUUGGUAACUUUGUAAAUGUGCUUUGACCUAGCAGAAGGACUGAGGCGGAGUAAUAUGGUCAUGGCUGGCUUUGGGUUUUGUCCGUUGUGAUCACUCAACUACGGAAGGUCAUGCAAGAUUUUGGGCUGUUGGGAUUUUUAUCUGUCUAAACAUCUCUUGGUGUCUAGCUCCAGGUUUUUUUUCUUUUUCUUUUUUCAGUAUAAAACGAAAUCCUGAACUUGACCUCUGUGCAGAGGUUUCCAAGCCAACGCUCUUGCCCUGAGCUUUCUUGUGAGUUAUCCCCCCAGGUGAAUGAUUAUGUCUGGUAUGAGUGAAUCCAUGCCAAAGAGAAUCACCCUCAGUAGCAAACACUGGCAACGUUUGGUCACAGCAACAUAGAGCCAGACUCACUUGUACUUCUUGUCAACACACCAAUGUCCUCAACAUGUUUUAGGUUAGCUAGAAGCUGACUAACAAGCAAGUUGCUAUUGUGACAUAAAUUCCUUAACCAAACUGCGUGAUCAAUACACUGGCUUUUAUGUUAAAAUCAUCUAACCUUUUCAUUUUGUGUAGGUUUUCAUUUUACUUUGCAGAAUUCACUUUUAUUGGGCAGGGUUCAAAGACUAUACUAGGCUGCUGACUAUGCUAUUAGUCUUUAAAUUAAUUUGUUUUAAAAAACAAACAAAAAUUAAGUUCACAGCUUGAGACUUACAUAACUGGAUUUAACAAGCAAGGAAAUGUUUUUGUUUUAAAUAUUAUUAACAUAGAUGUUCACCUUUAUGAUAUGCAUAUAUUUUUUACUAAUUUGUCUAUUACCCUGAUGUAGGUCACAUACUUUUUAUAGGGAGAACAAUGGUGAUGUAACAUGCAAACCUUUCCAUGAAAAUAUAUUGAUUAAGAAUAGCUUGAUUUGAUGUGGUUUAUUGCUUGAGCAGUUAUGAAAUAAAAAAAAGUUAAUACAUGAUAAACAAGUAAUAGUCAGACAGACAGUUAUGCACUGUCGGAAGUGGAGUAUGGGGAGAGACCGUUUCACACGCUGUGUCUGUUCCUUCCUAUUAUAGAAAUUGUGAAAUAACCAAUUCAAGACCUGACUUAUUUAAAAGUGCACUUUUGAGUAAGCUGUACUACUUGGAAAUGUCUAAUUUUGGCUACUUGCUACAUUUCCAUCCAUUUUUUGUUCCAUGUUUUGCAUUUUACUUCUUUUUUUUUUUUUUUUUUUGGUUGGUUGGUUGGGAAAAGGAUGAUGUGGUUGAGGACAGGAUGCUCUCCUGCCACCUAAUAAAUCAAUACCACAAGCAA